AUGUCGUCGCUUUUCGGCAAUACGAGCUCGGCAGGGCAAUCCAACAACAAUACUACAACAUCUACUGCACCUGCUUCUGGUAGUUUGUUUGGCUCAUCCGCACCUACUACUUCAGCAUCGGGCAAUCUUUUUGGUAGUUCGACUACCGGAACACCUUCAUUCUCUUUCGGAAACUUAGGUGGUGGAAAUAAUAACAAUAAUAACAAUAAUACUGCUGCUGGUGGUAGUAGUUCAUCAGGAUCUACUACUCUCUUCGGCAACACGGCCGCCAAACCAGGGGAGCAAAAAUCAUUAUUUGGACAAACAACAGGAGCUACUACACUGGGAUCUACUUCUACACCGGGUGGAAGUGCCACGGGGUUGUUCAGUAGCAGUGCCCAGCCAGCUUCUUCUAACCUCUUCGGUGGUGCUACGAAGCCCGCGCAAUCCACGAAUCUAUUUGGAAAUUCCUCAACGUCGGCGUCGACUAGUACUACUCCGACAUCAGCACCCAUGGCGACAGGAUCUUCUACCGCAGGUUCGCUUUUUGGACAGAAGGAUAAUUCUUCAACAACACCAUCCUCGGCCACUCCCACCUCGAAACCCGGGCUCUUUGGCAACUCCACAACCGGCAGCAGCACCAAUCUUUUCGGCAACAACUCGAGCACUACCCCAACUAGCGCAGCCCCCGGCACUGGUUCGCUAUCGACACCUACAAAAUCAAUGUUUUCUCUAAACUCAACUACUCCUGCGGGUGCGCCUCCGACGAAGCCUAACAGCCUUUUCCCUACUGCUGCAGGCCAACUACCCUUCCCGUCUACUCAACAAGGUGACAAGAAGGAGAGCCAAGCCACCUCUUUGUUUGCAAACCCAGCCAGCUCAUCCCAGGCUAAUACCGCGGCAAGUAAGCCAACAACUUCUACCCCAAAUACUUCACUCUUUGGCAAUGCAGGCCAGAGUUCGACUCAAGCUACAAAUCUUUUUGGGAACACGAAACCUGCGGAGAGUUCUUCUACCCCAAGUUUAUUCGGAGCGAAGCCUGCUGCCACUCCUGCUACUAGUACUGCCAGCACUACUGCUACGACUGCCACUACUGCUGCUAAGCCCACAAGCUCGCUCUUCGGAGGAACAAGUGCUACACCGGCAGCACCAGCAAGCUCGUCUUCGUUAUUUGGUAACAAACCACCUACAUCGACUGCUACAACUACCACGCCAGCAGCUCCUACAUCAGCAUUUCCAAGUCUCACCAAGCCCUCGAAUGCUACUUCAAGCUCUGAGCCGGCUAAGGCACAGGCCAGUUCCCUGUUCUCUGGUCCUGGGAAGCCGAGUACUGGAACCGCUGAGCCAGCCAAACCUGCAUCCGGUCUAUUUAGUAAUAAUGCUUCUACUCCAGCAGCAGGGGCUACUUCAACUACAACCACUACACCAGCUACCGGAACAACAACUUCCGCCACUACCGCAUUAACGACUCCCGCCCCAAACUCUUUGUUCAGGGCGGCGCCAAAAGCUCCUGCGCCAACUGAUAACGCAGCAGCAGCACCACAGUCUGCUGCCGGAGCAGGUAAUGCCUUGGGUGCAUCCACCGCCGGACCCCCCUCAUCCAUGGCGCGGUUAAAGAAUAAAACAAUGGACGAGAUUAUUACUCGCUGGGCUACGGACCUCUCGAAGUACCAGAAAGAGUUCAAAGAGCAAGCAGCUCAGGUAGCUCAAUGGGACCGCCUUUUGGUCGAGAACGGCGAGAGGAUUCAGAAACUUUAUUUGGAGACGUUUGAGGCCGAAAAAGGUAGCCGUGAAAUCGAGCGACAGCUUGUUGGCAUUGAGAGUCAACAGGAAGAGCUCGAGAGUUGGCUGGAUAGAUAUGAAAGCGAGGUGGACAACCUAUUCACCAAAUCGAUCGGUCCUGGAAAUCAGCUUACAGGACCUGAUCAGGAGCGCGAGAAGACAUACAAGCUGGCCGAGAAGGUUACCGAGAGGCUGGAUGAGAUGGGCCGUGACUUGUCCAAGAUGAUCAAAGAGAUUAACGACAUUUCCGGUACCUUAGGCAAGGGUAACAAACCAGAUGACCCGCUGAGCCAAAUCGUCCGUGUCCUCAACAGUCAUCUUGCUCAACUUCAGUGGAUAGACACCAACGCCGCUGCGCUCCAGGCCAAGAUCGCAGCCGCGCAAAAGGAGCGCAGCACCAUUGGCAACCAUUACGGAGGCCCGGAGCAAGACAAUGUGGAUAGCUUCUACCGGUCCUAUAUGGGACGUAGAUGA